CCCCUGCCCCCCAUCACUUUCUGGGGGCUCUCUUACCUCUCGCAGGGUUUGGAGUUUUCUAACAUUUCAGUUCACGUGUCUUUGGGUCUCUGACCCUCUUUGUCAUUGAGUGAAUUUCUAACCUAGUUGGCAUAAGGAAAUGGAACCAUCAAUUGUUCUAACAACAGGAAAUAAAUGACUGUUCAAAAGCCCAUAACCUCAUUACCGACAAUGUUCCUGUUCCUUCUGGAUGAAGUGUUUGAAUUUCUUCCCAUUCUACUUUCAGGGCCUGUUAAAAAAUGUGGCACUGAACCCACAUUGAUGGUGCCGGGUGGGUGAUGGAUGGACUCUAGGACUGUCGCGAUUUGUUGACGUAGUCGAUGACGUCGACGCGGCAAAUGCGUGAACAUUGGUAUUUUAAAUCGAUGCAUCGUUUUAAUUAAUUUUUUAAAUAAAAUUACCAAUACGAUUUCCAAAACGGUUCAGUUCAUUGUAACAAAUGUUGUCCUUCCAUAUCACUACAUAAUUAUGGAGUAGUUGAAAUUAUCACAAAAUAUUAAGGCAGUUUUACACUAUGAAGUGCGAUGGUAUACCAUACCGGUACUCGUGCUAUGCCUGAGAGGACACAUAGGGGGCUAUUCUAGACCCCCAGCAUAAGCAAUACCACCGUGUUGUCUAUUCAUGUUUAUUAAAUAACCAUUCGUAUGGAGAGCAUUUUAAUAUCAUUUUUAUCAACUUUCCAUGAGCCUCACAGACAAGAGCAAGCUUGGGGAUCACAGCAAACAGGGAGCCACCUUGCAGCAGCCCUGGGGUUGGGGGUCAAGGGCCCACAGGCUUGUGAUUGUUCUUCUGAGGCUGGGGCUCAAACCAGCGACCUUCUGACCACUGGCACAGAGCCUUAGCCUUGUAAGCCACUCACUACUCUGGGGUGACAGCUUCUCGUAGUCCGCUGAACACAGAUCUUGUUUUGUCUGUUUUCCGCUUCCCCCACCCUCAUAGUUCUUGGCUUCUUGUUCUACACAGGCUGCCUGCUGUCACCUGAGUGAUGCAGCCAUCUUUCAAGCCGCAGCUUGGUAUAGUGGACUCCUUGGUGUAGUCCUUGCAGGCUUUACAAGAUGGAGUCUCAGUCUCGACAGUGUUUUAUUUCUGUUAUGUGUUUUCUGAACCUCUUUAAUUACAGUUUAGCUAAUUUGUUCCAAUAUGACAGGCAGUUGAAAGCAGGGUGAUUGGUGAUUGGAGGUUAAGGCUUUUCCUAUGGUAAAAUCACUUUGCUGACUCUGGGAAUUGUGCCACUGACCAUCCAUUCAGUCAAAGACCAUAGGAGCUUAUCUGCUGAGCCAUACGAGGCCUCCUGUUGUGAUGCGUAUUUGUGUAGCUAAUCUGGGAGCGACAUACCUCAGCUUGAGUCUUGACUGCUGAGUGACCAUGGCCCUCUUGGUAAGAUCACUUUCAAAACAUCAAAAAAGGGAGAGAUCUGUGAAAGCAGUCAAGGCACCCUAGGCUGCAGCUGGACCUGUGAUCAGAUCCCAAAUCAUGAAACCUGCAGCAUCUAAAAGCAACUCCAGCCUGGACCUGGGGACGUUCUGAUGCGUGGCCCAGUCCACGAAACAAGUGUUUCACAAGAUCUGUGAUGAUUUGCAACCGGGGAUGCGUCAUGCCUAGUUAUCUGAUUCCCGAUAAUAUUUGAAACCUUAUACCUCAGGUGGUUUUAAGUUUCAGGUCACCCAUUCUUUUGGGCAACACUUACUUGCUUCAUUGGCUCUGCGUGUGCCAUCGGUGAUGGGGCAUCGCGCUAUUUGCGCUCCCUUGACCGUUCCUCGAACAGAGCACAGUUCUGCAUCGAUCUUGCGCCAUGAAGAAGAUGUCCGACUUCGUUAGCCAGACCAAAGUGAAGACGAAUGGGCCGGUCCAGUUGAAAAAUUACAAGCAAAUCCAGUUUGCCGACCAGAAGCAGGAGUUCAACAAGCGGCCCACCAAGAUUGGCCGGCGCUCGCUGUCCCGGUCCAUCUCGCAGUCGUCCACAGACAGCUACAGCUCAGCUGCCUCCUACACAGACAGCUCUGACGAUGAGACCUCCCCCCGGGACAAGCAGCAGAAGAACUCUAAGGGACAAAGUGACUUCUGCAUCAAGAACAUCAAGCAGGCGGAGUUUGGACGCCGGGAGAUCGAGAUCGCUGAGCAGGAGAUGCCAGCGCUGAUGGCCCUGAGGAAGAGAGCCCAGGGGGAGAAACCCCUGGCUGGGGCCAAGGUGGUGGGAUGUACCCACAUCACUGCCCAGACAGCAGUUCUCAUGGAGACUCUGUCUGCCUUGGGUGCCCAGUGCAGGUGGGCUGCCUGCAACAUCUACUCCACCCAGAAUGAGGUGGCUGCCGCCCUGGGAGAGGGGGGGUUCUCGGUUUUUGCCUGGAAGGGGGAGUCUGAAGACGACUUCUGGUGGUGCAUCGACCGCUGCGUCAACGUGGAGGGAUGGCAGCCUAACAUGAUUCUGGAUGAUGGGGGCGACCUCACCCACUGGAUCUACAAGAAGUACCCCAACAUGUUCAAAAAGAUCAAAGGAAUCGUGGAAGAGAGUGUAACUGGGGUCCACAGGCUGUACCAGCUCUCCAAGGCCGGGAAGCUGUGCGUUCCAGCCAUGAACGUCAACGACUCGGUGACCAAGCAGAAGUUUGACAAUCUCUACUGCUGCCGGGAAUCUAUUCUGGAUGGCCUGAAACGGACCACGGACGUGAUGUUCGGGGGGAAGCAGGUUGUGGUUUGCGGGUAUGGAGAAGUUGGCAAAGGCUGCUGUGCCGCUCUGAAGGCCAUGGGCUCCAUUGUCUACGUCACGGAGAUCGACCCCAUCUGCGCCCUGCAGGCCUGCAUGGAUGGCUUCAGGUUAGUGAAACUGAGUGAAGUCAUCCGUCAGGUGGACAUCGUCAUCACCUGCACAGGCAAUAAGAACGUGGUGGUGCGGGAAUACCUAGACCGCAUGAAAAACGGGUGCAUAGUCUGCAACAUGGGGCACUCGAACACGGAGAUCGACGUGGCCAGCCUGCGGACGCCUGAGCUGACCUGGGAGCGUGUGAGGUCACAGGUGGACCACGUUAUCUGGCCCGACGGCAAGAGGAUAGUCCUGCUGGCAGAGGGCCGCCUCCUAAACCUGAGCUGCUCCACGGUGCCCACCUUUGUGCUCUCCAUAACUGCCACCACUCAGGCCCUUGCCCUGAUAGAGCUGUACAAUGCCCCCGAAGGCCGCUACAAGCAAGACGUCUACCUACUACCCAAGAAAAUGGAUGAGUACGUCGCGAGCCUCCACCUUCCCACAUUUGACGCACACCUCACCGAGCUGACGGAGGAGCAGGCCAAGUACCUGGGCCUGAAUAAGAACGGCCCUUUCAAGCCCAACUACUACAGGUACUAAACUGGCGUGAAACUGGCAGAAGAAUAUAGGGAGAUUGGGGGGGGGAAACAAAGACUUCACAACUGUACAGACCAUGAAACGAGGAGAGGGGGGGUCAUUUUUGCCCUGCUGUUAGAGUGAGAGGACCUCUGCUGUCUGGGACUGGCGUGCAAACCUGCCAGUUUUUAUUUAACAUAGAAUAUUACACUCUAACCCUGUGAGUUGGUCCUGCUGCUUGGUCUCCUGGGAUGGAAGACGUACUUCACAGCACAUUUUCUGUCGGCCUCCGUAAUAUCACUAAGUUUAUGUAUAAAAUGAAAUUCUGUCUACGAAAAUGUGAAUAAGGAUAAAUGAGAACCUAUGACGAAUCCUCUUUUAUUCUUUGGAUCUCAGACUAGGGCUGUUUUGGGGAUUCAGUUUUAUUGGUUUUGAUCAAAAUUCAGAUUUUUUUUUUUCCCCCUAGUGAAGAUGGUGGUUGGAAACUAGAGGGGUUCCUUACCCCAGUCAAUCAAACACUAAGCCAAAUCUCCCUCUGCAUCUUACUGCCUACCUUUGGACUUCUUAUUAUUUGUGAUUUAAGGGUUACCAACUGUUCUGACGAAGCGGGCGCCACACUACGACCUUUAUUCAUACCAUAGAAGCUGUGAGUUUCACUUCGUUUUGCUUUGUGUCUAUGUUGAACCUAGGGACAUGGUUUUGGUAUUAUAAAAUGGGUGUAUAUUUAGAUUUUUAUAUAGAAAUUAAGCCCUUUCCCCUUAUGCUUCCUUUAUUAUUUGUUUUUCUUAACCUGAACAAAAAGCAAAAUAUAAGGUGUAAUGCAUAAGUACUGAGCUGAGAAGCAGUGUGGAGUUUGGCCAGGUCGUGGGCUCUCUCUGGGUCACUGGGUACUUAACGGAAGAAAUAUUGCUGUCGUACUGCUAUACUGGUUGGCUUGAACCAGUGUGAAUACUGGUGAUCUGAAAUGGUUUGAUAUUUACACAUAUAAAGAGUCUGAUGUCCCUAAUUGGUCUUUUGCCAACAUGGGUGGAAUAUGCCCUACAUUUCAGUGCAAUACUGACCUGCUUUUGAUCAUUUUGACCUUUGAACUUUUCCCUUUUGUUGGGGUGUGUCUCUGUGUUAUUGACACACAGCAUCUGAUGCUGUUUCUGUCAUUAAAGCAACUGGAAGCCAGGAAUUCCAGUUUACUAUGGGGGACUUUGUUUAUUAACAAUCUACUGCAUGGGAUUAAGAGCCGGCAAAAAACCACAAGACAAUAUCCGUGUUUUACACUCUGUGGAAUCUAUGGACAUGGCAGUGAUAUUUUAAGCUUCAUUCAUUAUUCAUUUUUCUAUUUAUAGGGCAAAAUGUUACUCUUAAUAAGCAAUCAGGUGUUGUGUUGUAUACUAAUUAACUUCCAACUGAAGAUCAUUGCUCCGCCCCCGACCACAUUGACCUGGAAAAAUUCAUCCCACAUAGUUCGUGUCACAGUGUCCAUAACCAUAGUUGUUCAUUCAUUCUCAAAUUUGAGCUUUGCUGACUUCUCCUGUUCGCGCAUACAAGCCCGUACCCUCCCGGUUCCAGGUGUUUCUCAAAUGUCAAUCGCAAACACCCGAGUGUAGCUGCUAUCUCCAGACUGCAGCGUGUCGUCUGGCACCAUCAUCAGAAGGGAGGGUCGAUCAUCACCACCUUGGGCUGGUUAUAGACUCAAUGAAGAACAAAAAAGAGAGAAAUCUUCUCCUGUAUUUAUUGUUGUAAAUCUUCAGUAAAAUUACGAAAUCUGAUUUUAAGUUGUCGAAAAAAUGUUUUAAAUAUUGCAAGUGAUUAUGGUAGCAAUAAUGAAUCUGUAAUCAAAAACAAAAUAAAAUAUGUUAAAAUA